AUGUUGGGAAGUCCACAAGUUACCCAAGGGGACCACUGCAGGGACAGCCUCAAGUUAGACCCCUUUUGUCACACCCAACCCAAACCCCAAGACCACAAAGGCCCAAGGUGUCAUGUGUUUUCAAAAAAUCUUAAGUCUGCAAGUGAACACCAUGAUGAGUUGAUGGAAAAGAUAAGUAAGGAAAUAAAGCUUGGCCGAAUCAUGGGUCCUUUUGAUCAACUUCCAAUUUCUAACCUCCAUAUUUCACCAGUUGGUAUUGUCCCUAAAUCUGAUGGAGGGUGGCGAAUGAUUACCCAUUUAUCCUAUCCUAGUUCCCAGGGGAUCAACGACUUUAUAGACCCAGAUUUAUGUACAGUGCAGUAUGCAUCAUUUGAUGGUGUAGUCAAUAUGAUUGCAAAUUUGGGAAGGGGCGCAUUGAUAGGUAGGUCUGGUAGUGAUGAAUGUGAAAUUCUAAUGUCUACUUUUAGUAACUUAGCUGGGGAUUUAGGGGUACCUCUAGCCCACGAGAAAACUUCUGGUCCAACAACAAAAUUAAUAUUUCUAGGUUUUGAAAUUGAUACACUAGAGAUGACAAUUAAGAUCCCAGAAGCUAAGUUAGAAAUCCUGAAGAGUCUGAUUGAAAAUUUUUUAGAUAGGGAAAAAGUUACACUGCAAGAAAUGCAGUCUUUAGUUGGAAUGCUCAAUUUUUUCUCAAAGGCAAUCAGAUCUAGUAGAGCUUUUAUUCGAAGAAUGUAUGAUGCAUUUAGUGGAGUUUUCAAGCCACAUCAUCAUAUAAGAUUAUCAGUAGGAAUUAAAAGUGACCUUAGAAUGUGGCUGGUGUUCUUGAACCAUUUCAAUGGGGUUGCAUAUUUUCCUAAUACUGUAUGGGAAGAUUCUAGCAUUUUACAGUUAUUUACAGAUAGUGCAGGUUCAGGUCAUUUAGGUUGUGGUGGUUACUUUAGUGGAAGUUGGUUUUUUCUCCAAUGGCCAAAACAUUGGAACAACCAAGAAAUUUUGAGAGACAGGACUUUUCUUGAGCUCAUACCAGUAGUUUUAGCAAUAGAGAUAUGGGGACCUAGGUUGUUACAUAAAAAAGUUCAGUUUCAUGUUGAUAACCUUUCAUUAGUUAGUGUCAUCAAUACCCAAUCUUCCAAGUCCAAAAGAGUGAUGGAAUUGGUAAGACAUUUGGUUCUUAGACUGAUGAUCAAUAAUGUUAUAUUUAGGGCAAAUCACAUUAGUAGCUUGGAUAACAAAAUUGCAGAUUCUAUUUCUCGCAAACAGUGGUUCCGCUUCAAGACGUUAGCACCAGAGGCAAGCACCAGACCAGACCCUCUUCCAGUAGAAUUAGUCAACAUGAUUUACAGAUUCAAAUGA